CUCUCAAACCCAACCAAGCCCACCAAUCUCUUCUUCUCUUUUCUCUCACUUGAAGAAGAAAGAACAAAAAUGCUCAAACAGUUUCUUCUUCUCCAAUCCUUCUCCUUCUUCCUCUUCAAUGUUGUUAUCGUCGGAGGAAAGUUAAUCGGCGGCGGUUUCUCAGCGGAGGAGAAUCCAUUUACUCCAAAAGCAUCUUUGGUUCGUUACUGGAACAAAGAGAUCCGUGGAGAAUCUCCCAGAUCGGAGUUUUUAAUCUCUAAAGCUUCACCACUCAACGCCGUAGACUCAGCAACUUUCUCAAAACUCGCCGCCGCGAACUCGCUCCCUACUCGGUUUCCUGAUUUCUGCUCCGCCGCGAAUCUCUUCUGUUUUCCUGAUUUAGGAGCGAGUCUCGAGAAACACGACGAUGACGUUAAAUUCUCUGUCUAUGACCAGAAGAACUUCACUAACUACGGCAAUGCUCGUGCCGGAGGAGCAGAUUCGUUUAAAAACUACUCAAGAGACGGUAAUGUUGUAACCGAUUCGUUCCGGAGAUACAGUCGUAACGCGGCGGGUCACGACGAUAAAUUCACCGUCUACGGCGAUAACAGUAACGUCGUGGAGGAAGGAUUCAAUUCAUACGGAACAUUUGGAACCGGCGGCGCCGGAGACUUCACUAACUACCAAAACAACGUCAACAAUCCGACGAGUCGAUUCACGGCGUAUUCAGACGGAGGUAACGGAAGAUCUCAAACAUUCAAAACCUAUACACACGACGCUAACGCCGGUAACGGCCAAUCGUUCUCCAGCUACGGCAAAAACGGAAACGGAGCUCCGAACGAAUUCGCUUCUUACGGCGUCUCCUCCAACGUAAUCGGCUCCGGUUUCUCUAAUUACGGCGAGAGUGGAAACGCCGCCAACGAUACCUUCACAAGCUACGGAAGCGACGGAAAUGUACCGCAGAACAAUUUCAAAAACUACGGUGCCUCCGGUAACGCCGCCGUGGACACCUUCGCGAAUUACAGAGACAAAGCCAACGUCGGCGACGAUUCGUUCUCUUCCUAUGCCAAAGAUUCGAAUUCGGAGAAGGUCAAUUUCGUAAAUUACGGUCAAUCUUUCAAUCCCGGUUCAGAAACUUUCACCGGUUAUGGCAAAGGAGCUGAAGGAAACAAAAUCAGUUUCAAAACCUAUACUCCGAACUCAACUUUCAAAGACUACACCAAAAACGGCGUCGCUUUUGCUAAAUACAACGCUUCAACCACCACCGCGAACACCGUCGGCGAUGGCAAAACCGUAAAUAAAUGGAUCGAACCGGGUAAAUUCUUUAGAGAAUCGUCGCUUAAAGAAGGUACAGUGAUUCCUAUGCCUGAUAUUAAAGAUAAAAUGCCUAAAAGGUCGUUUUUACCCCGGAGUAUAAUUACGAAACUACCCUUCUCCACUUCAAAACUCGGAGAGAUUAAGAGAAUCUUCCACGCCGGUGAGAACUCGACGAUGGAUGGUAUAAUCACCGACGCCGUGACGGAGUGCGAGAGACCACCGAGCGUCGGAGAGACGAAACGGUGCGUAGGAUCGGCGGAGGACAUGAUCGAUUUCGCGACGUCGGUGUUAGGUCGUAGCGUGGUGCUUAGAACAACAGAGAACGUAGCCGGGUCAAAGCAAAAGGUAGUGAUCGGAAAAGUCAACGGAAUCAACGGUGGGAAAUUAACGAAAGCAGUUUCGUGUCAUCAGAGUUUGUACCCGUAUCUAUUGUAUUACUGCCACUCCGUACCUAAGGUUCGGGUAUACGAAGCUGAUCUUCUAGAGUUGAAUAGUAAGAAGAAGAUUAACCACGGGAUUGCCAUCUGUCACAUGGACACGUCAUCAUGGGGUCCGAGUCAUGGAGCUUUCUUAGCUCUCGGGUCAAAACCGGGUCGGAUCGAAGUUUGUCACUGGAUAUUUGAGAACGACAUGAACUGGGCUAUUGCUGAUUAGACCAGACCGGUGGUUAUGGAUUUAUCAAAAUAUGAUUAUUAUUAUCUUAUCGCCGAGUUUUUAUUACAUAGAGGAAUGUUAAUUUUCUACUAUUAUAUAUUUGAAGUUUUUUCAGUAACAUGUAAAAAAACUUGUUACUGAUUUGUGGCGGUACGAAUAAUUUUUAUCACAAAAAAAUGAAGAUUUUAGUGAAUG